AUGAAUAAUAAUGAUGAUGGUCAUAGUUAUGAAGGUUUACUAUUAACAUCAACUACAUCGAAUAAACGUUCAUUAACAAAUCAUUUUGUUGAUUGUGUAAAAAAAACGAAAUAUUUCGUACCUUGUACAAUAUUAUCUCCAUCAAAAACAACAAUUAUUGAUCAACAAUCCUUUAAAGAAAAUCCUUCAUCUUCAUUAAAAAAACCUCUUGAACAACAACAGCAACCACCAAAACGAGGUUCGUUAUGUAUUGCAUAUUCAAUCUCAAAUGAUGAUCAAAUCGAUAAUUUAAUACUAAUAUUACACGUAUUACGAGCUCGACAAUUAUCAAUUCAAGAUUCUGAUAAAAUCAAUACAUUUGUUAAAGUUACAUAUCCUAAUCAAUUCGAGCAAUGUUCAAAAAUUAUUCAUGGAACUAAUUCGCCUGUCUAUGAUGAAAAAUUUCAUAUACCUUUAAAUAAAACAAAUUUAUCAACAACAACAUCGAAACGUUUGACAAUCUCUGUUUAUAAUCAAUCGAUAUCAAAUAAAAAAAGUGACUUAAUCGGAUGUAUGUCAUUUAAUAUGAAGACUCUUCUUAAAACAACUAGUUGUACAAAGAAUUCAUCGAAAUCGAAAUGGUAUUGUUUAUUACCAGAAUCAAUUGGAAGACAUAAACGUAUGGCAUUAAAUAUAGAAAAUACAUCAUCACAAAAUAAGAAAACAACAAUAAAAGAAAAUUCGAAUAAUCAAUCGAAUGGAUUUUUAUUAAAUGUUGAUAUCUAUGAUCGGGAUGAAAUUCAUUUUUCAUCGGGAUUUCCAUGUACAAUAAGUGAAGUUAAAUCAGCUAUUGGUUCUUCAUGUACACGACCAAUGAUAGGUGAUAUACUUCUCAAAAUAAAUGAUAUAAAUGUAUCAAGAACACAAGCUAAAGCUGUUAAAAAAUUAUUAAGAAGUUUACCAUUACCCAUAACUCUUCAAUUAUAUCGUCGUUUUAAUUCCUCGACAACAACAAAUAAAAUUGUUUUAAAUUCUGUUGAUCAACAUGAACCAUUAAAACGAAAUUUAUGUACAAAUGUAUUACCUGAGAAACCAUACAAAACAAAUUAUUCUCAAUCAUUACUUAUGUCACCAAUUAAUCGAAAACUAUCUGAAUCACAAAGUGAUGGAAGUGAAUCAGGUGUUGGAUCAGAAAGUAAUCCUUAUUCUGAUGGUGAUCAAGAUAAUCGAUUAAAAAUUAUAUCCGAAGCUUACGAACGUGAUGUUUUACAUUUAAUUAAUAUUGAAAAAGAUUUUAUACAUCAAAUUGAACUUGGUGUUCAAUUAUAUUCUCGUCCAUUGAAACAUUAUUUAAUUUCAUCAAAUGAACAUGCGAAAUUAUUUCAAAAUAUUGAAAAAAUCUUAGCUAUAUCACGUUAUCAAUUAAGUCGUUUACAAACUUUAACAGAAAGUAUUAUUAUUGGUUGUAUUGGUAAAAUAUUUCAUGAGAAAAUUCAAUUAAUAUGUGAAGCAUUUACACGGUAUAAAUCGGGUUAUUCAGAUGCAUGUUUACAAUUAAAACAACUAAAAAAAUGUGCUAGUUUUCAAAGAUUUAUACAAGGAAAUAAUACAAAUCUUUCUAUUGAACAGUUCUUACAAAUACCUUUAAAUCAUAUCGAUAAUCUUGCGAAUCAAUUAGAUAUAUUAUGUUGUACAUGUGAAAAUGCUAGUGAUUCAAAUUAUCUUCUACAUGUUCUUAAAGAAUUACGUCAAUGUUCAUUACAUAUGUCAUCAACAUCAUCAUCAUCAUCAACAUCAACAUCGACAAGUCAAAAUCAUUGUACAACAACAAUGUCAUUGAACAGUGUCAGUGGAACAUCAUCAUUAAUGAAUAAUACAGAAGAUAGUGAUAUUAUUGAAUUACAAAAUCGUCUUCAAUUUACAAAAAAUAUUCAAUCUGUUGUACUUACGGGUCGAAAUCGACAUGUUAUUUUUUCUGGUGUACUUCUAUUACAAAAUGAGAAUAAAAAUUAUAUUGAGACAUGGACUGUUCUAUUAAAUGACAUGCUUUUAUUUACACAACGAAAUGCAAUUGAUACACGAUUGACCUUAGUUUGUAAUGCAAUUUAUUUAAAUGAUAUUGUCGAUUUUCGAUCAAGUGAUGAACGACAAGAUGCAUUGAUAUUUCUUUCAAAUAAACCGAAUAUGCCAUAUAAAAUUCGUUAUCCAAGUCAAUGUUUACAAUAUGCAUGGCAAACAAUACUUGAGCAACGUCUUAAAACAUGGCAACGAUCAAUUCAUGAUGAAUCAUCAUCAGCUGAUUCAGAUCUUGAAUAA